CACUCUGUGGGGGCUUCCCAGGGACCCCAAUUCAGGCCAGCCAACUUAGUAUUCAGUCUAGAGGAAAGGCCCCCUCAUUCAGCGUCCAUCCCACCCUCUUUUCCACUCACACCCACUCCUCCGGUUGACUCAGACACAUCAAUGACAGAGCUGCACUGAAGACUGAACAAGACGCACAGCGGAGAUCAGCUCAAACUGGGAUGAAGACCAUCACCACAUAACUCGAAUUAAUCCCAUACACUCCUGCUGAAGAAAAUCCUACGUUUGUGCCUGAAGAGGUUGAAGAGUUUUUCAAGACUACAAAACAGGAGAGGGAGAAUUCAAAAUGGGAACUGAGUGUUUUCAACGAAGAAAUCUGUGGAAUAUUAUUUUUUCAACAUCUGGGAUUAAACAGUUCUGAACAUUUGGGGCAAGUUGACAUUUCAACAUUGCCUGGCUGCUACUCCUUCUAACAGACAAACUUUUUUUUUUUUUUUUAAUUUCACGUCAUGGACCCGUCCGGCUCUUUGCCUCCAACUUCUCCAUACACUUUCCCAGUUAUGCCCAAUUUUUCUGUGCCUUCCUCGUCUCCCUCCGUUUCUCCAUCACCCAGCUUGGCGUCCACAGCGCUUUUCUGCUCCUUCCUCUCCCUCCUCUCCUUGCUGGGCAUCACAGGAAACCUUUACACUCUGGGCCUCCUCCUGAGGCGCAGGAGAAGUAGGAGACGGUGUGGAGCAGCACUAGCCUGUUGCUUAACAAGAGUACCUUUACCGGCCUGUCUUGCAAGCUCCACUUCCCCUACCUCCUCCCCCACUUCCUCCUCCUCCACCUCUCUUCACCUCCAGGUGCUGAGCCUUGCUCUCGCCGACCUGCUCUACCUCUUCACCGCUCCCUUCAUUGUGUACGACAGCCUGGCGUCUGGCUGGGCCUUCGGUGAGGUGGGAUGUCGUCUCCUGCUGAGCCUGGACCUCCUCACCAUGCACGCCUCCAUCUUCACUCUCACCGCCAUGAGCUUGGACCGUUACCGGGCCGUGGCCCACCCCCUGCACACCUCCUCCUCCAACUCGUCCGGCCUGCUGCGCGUGGGCCUGGCCUGGGGGUUGGCGGUGGCUCUCAGCCUACCCAUGAUGAUCACACUGCACCUGGAGGACGGAGAGAACCAGGAGGGCCAGCUGUGCGUCCCGGCCUGGGACGAGCAGAGCUCCAAGGCCUAUCUGAGCGUGUUGUUCUGCACCAGCAUCCUUGGUCCGGGGUUGGCCAUCGGAGCACUUUAUGCCACUCUAGGUCGGCUGUACUGGGUGUCUCAAACUCGGCCAGCCUGGGCGAUUGGUAGCAGCACGGCCUGUUCACCCCGUGCACCCAAGCCCAAAGUCCUGCUGCUCAUCCUGGGCAUCGUCUUGGCCUUUUGGGCAUGCUUCCUACCUUUCUGGAUCUGGCAGCUGCUGCCCCUCUACAAGCCCGACAUGCUGCGGACAGUACCGGUGGGAACACAGGUGACAGUGAAUCGUAUUCUCACAGGUCUGACUUACGGAAACUCCUGCGUGAAUCCAUUCUUUUACACACUAUUGACAGGAAAGCGAAAACGCAACCGACAGACGCUGGCAUCAGCAAAUCAGCUCUGCCGCAAAAGCAGCCCACUGUAGCGGUGUCUACUCCCCUCCAACAGCAGAGACAAUUGUGAGUGUAAAUGUGUGCAUUCAACAGUAUGCAAACAUGCUGUAUAUGUGAACAGGUACUGUAUGUGAUAUGCUUUAUGACAAUAAAGCACCAAAGAGCAUCGACUUAGCCUUAGCCUGCAAACUAAGGAAGUAAGAAUAUAUAUACUAAUCAAAUGAUAGCACUUUGUACAAAAGCUUUGGAGAUAAACUGUUACAAAUAUUCAAGUUUAACGAGUGCAAAGUGACAAUCUCUGUAAGAUGUAUUACCCCAAUAAAGUCUGUAUCAGAAAAAUAUCCCAUUCGGUUUUAAAAUAUCCUUCCAUAUGGUUUUUGGCAGCAAUGGCAAACCUAUGCAACAUCACUACCAAAAUAAAAUGUGUGAAGUCAUUUAAGUCCAGAAUACAGAUGACUGUUGUUUUUUUCAAUAUUAAUAAACAGACUACACCAAUAUUAGCAAAAAAAAACAAAAACAAAAAAAAACUGAUGCGCUAACAAAGAAAAUUUUUAUUUUUGAACAACUGGUUGCAUCUGGUCAGGACCUCAGUUCAUUCAGGACAUUUUUCAGACACUUUGCUGGUUGACAUAAAGCAUUAUGUUUAAGCGGGUGAAGAGUCUUUUUGUUUUUGUCCCCUGAACGCUGACAUAUCGGAAAAAUUAUAACUUCUUAUAAUAAUCCCGGCCUGCAUGUUUGGUUUGAAAAUGUACUUAUUGUUAUGAGUCAUGCAGUGCUUUGCAUGGCCUCAACUGAUGUUUAUAAUGUUGCGUAAUAUACAUAGUCUGGAAUAAAGAGUAUGCUUUCUGUA